GAUUUUUGGACUUUUGUGAAAAAGACUGUAAAAAGAAAAUUGUGUUUCAGCUUUCAGGCAAAGAAGAAGAAUAAAAGAAAGGAAAAGGGCAAUCUUCUCUUUCUGUGGAAAAUCUAACGAAAAUGCAAGUACCAGUUUGGAGUCCUCGGCUAGUCAAUCUGUUCAAUCGUUCAUGCCUAAUUACAAACAGUUUGCGGGCAUUUUCUUCAUCAGCUUAUUCUAACCAGUCUCGCGGUGGCCUUCCUCGCUUCUACUCUGAUAAGCUCCCUCCUUCCAAGGAUGGUGUUGUUCGUGUUAAAGGUGAUGAAUUCUGGCACAUGACUAGGGUUUUAAGGUUGUCAGUUGAUGAUAGGGUAGAACUAUUUGAUGGAAAAGGAGGAUUAGUUGAAGGUUGUAUACAGAGCGUUGAUCAGACAGGAUUGGACAUUGUAGCUCUCGAGAAUCCAAAGUCAAUAUCUCCUCAUAGCACACAGUGGCAUGUCUAUGCUGCAUUUGGUACUCUGAAGGGAGGCCGAGCUGAUUGGCUUGUGGAGAAAUGUACAGAGUUAGGAGCCUGCAGUGUGACCCCCUUACUGACGGAACGGUCUCCUUCUAUAUCAGAAAAUCGGGUGGACAGAUUACAACGUGUCAGUUUUGCUGCAGCUAAACAAUGCCAACGGCUGCAUGAAAUGGUUCUAAAUCCUCCUACAAAAAUUAAUGCGCUUUUACCUCUUGUCAAAAAUUCAAAGCUUGCAUUUAUUGCCGCGGCAGAAGCUAAACCAUUAUUUAGUGCUUUAAGUUCCAUUAAGAAAGAAUCAGCUGGACUGAUGAUAAUUGGACCAGAAGGAGACUUCACAGAAAAGGAGUUAAACAUGAUUCUGGAGGCUGGGACAACUGCUGUUGGGCUUGGACCACAUCGUCUACGAGUUGAAACUGCUACAGUAGCUCUGUUGUCGGCUUUAAUGUUGUGGGGUGACGACCAGGAUAUGUUAAAGGUCUAGCAACACUAGCAGGCGAGUGAUGUUUCUGCUGCUUUGGAACCUUUGUAGUGAUUCUGUCAAAUUCAGUUAGAUGGCCUUGUUUGGAAGGGCAACAUGCUAACUAUACUGAUUUUUUCUCAACUCUGCUACAGGAAAAAAGACUAAAAUGUGUUACAGGAUUUCUGUUUUAGUGCUUUAGUUACUGAGAUUACGUUUCCAGACCCCCACUUUUGAUAAACCAUUGAUCACUAGCUAAAGAGGCUGAAUUGUGAUAACAGAGAUCCAUGCUCUCACCGAUUUAUACACUUUUAGAUGACAAAUACAUAAUUAGUUCUGUUUUAGGUUCUGAUCACAUGCUGAGGGCUCCCAAGAAAGCUGCAAUUAUCAAAGAAACUCAGAAGUGAAGGAGAAAGAAGAAAGGAUAACGAUCAAUCAUUUGCUUAUUUGUGUUUGGCCUCACCCUCACCCUCACCCCAUUUUGGGAAGCCCAGUGUGUGAUCCUUGAUACAACAUUUCUGAGCUCGUCGAGCUUUACUUGUGGUGGUACUGAAUCCCAUAAAUGAUUUUGUUAACUUUUGGCCGGCUGUUAAAGUUUAGAAUUUCUACCUCAGUGGUAAGUGAUGGCGUUCAAGUCCUUUUUUAAGUUUGCGUUUGUGCUUACUUUUCUGCAAGUCUGUGUAAACUUUUCUUCGAUACUGGACAAAGUAUAUCUCCUGGUCUUUUAGCCUUGAAAUCCAGUUAUUAUCCUUUUCCUUUUUUGUUUUAUACACAUUUUUUGUAUCUCAUGUCAAUGUAUAUUUGUUACAACUC